AGCAUCGCCAUCCAUCCUCCAUUCCACAACUCGUGGAGCUCAACUAACUCCGAUACCAAACCCUCCAAUGGUACCAAAAUUAAUAUCCCCUUUCUCCCGUUGACAGCAUGAAGCCACCGCCUCUUAAAAGCUCUUCCUCCCUCGCCUCCAUCUCCCUCACCCCCACCAGACCCCUCCCUUCCCCAAAUUCCCACCUGCAAACCCUCCCUCCAGAGCCAGGUCGUACCUUCUCUUCUCCGAAUCCCACCAUCCUCCCUCCAUCUACGGCGUCCGAAUCCCUACUUUUACCUCCGAAACCUCUCUCUUUCUCUCCUCUCACCCCCGAAAACCCUCAUCAAACACCACCGAAACCCCGGCUUCUUUCCAUUCUAAUCCCUAAAACCGGAUCCUCCUCCUCUUGUCCCCAAAACACACCUCGGAGACCGCCAGAAUUCAUCCCGAGAUCGAAUCUUUUCGCUCUGAAACCACCUCAUUCCUCCUCCAAAAUCAGACCUUUCUCCUCUUUUCGCCAAGAACUGCUGCAGAAUCCACCGGAAUUCAUCAAAAGAUCGAAUCUUGUUGCUCCGAAGCCACCACAUUUACCCACCCGAAUCAGACCCUUCUCCUCUUUUAGCCGAGACCAACAUCAGAAACCACCAGAAUUCAUUCAAAGAUCGAAUUUUUUGGCCUCAAAAUCGCCCAAUUUCUCCCCCGGAACCAGGCGCUUAUCUUUCAUUGGCCAAAAACCAUCUGAGGAAUCACCUCCGGACUCCAUGGCUCCUGGCUCUUCUCCCAUUCGAGUGGUUUCGACUUUUGCCUCACCAUUUGAUAGCUCUCCUCCGCACAUCAAUGCAAGCUCAUCAAUUAGGAAGCCACUCAGCUUGUGGCCCGGCAUGUAUCACUCCCCCGUGACCAAUGCCCUCUGGGAGGCCCGGUCGAGCAUUUUCGAAAGGCUGCUUGACCCUUCCAAGGACGGCCCUCCACAGACUGAAUUGCUCACAAGGACGCCGUCGCAGAGCCGGACGAGCAUUAUAUACAACUUUUCUAGUGAUUAUAUCCUCAGGGAGCAGUACCGGGAUCCAUGGAAUGAGGUCAGAAUAGGGAAGCUGCUCGAGGAUCUCGAUGCGCUUGCUGGAACCAUCGCUGUGAAGCACUGCUCCGAUGAUGAUAGCACAACAAGACCUCUUUUAUUGGUUACCGCUUCUGUAGACAAGAUGGUUUUAAAGAAGCCAUUGCGUGUAGACACGGAUCUGAAAAUAGAAGGUGCUGUUACAUGGGUUGGUCGUUCAUCCAUUGAGAUACAGAUUGAAGUUACUCAGUCUCAACAAGAUAACUCGAUACCAUCAGAAUCCAUAGCUCUGACUGCAAAUUUCACAUUUGUUGCACGUGAUUCAAAGACUGGUAAAUCUGCUCCUGUAAACCGCCUGACACCGGAGACUGAAUCAGAAAAGUUGCUUUACAAAGAAGCAGAAGCAAGGGAUAAAUGGAGGAAAAGGAAGAGAGAAGAACAGAGAAGAGAAACUGAGAAUGGUGGGCACAGAUUUCAUGGCGAGAAACUAAAGAUUUUGUUGGCAGAGGGGCGUGUCUUCUGUGAUUUGCCUGCUUUAGCAGAUAGAGACAGCAUUCUGAUGAGGGAUACCAGCCUCGAGAAUUCUCUGAUUUGUCAACCUCAGCAGAGAAACCUCCAUGGACGAAUCUUUGGGGGCUUUUUGAUGAACCUAGCAUUUGAGCUAGCCUUUUCGACUGCAUACGCCUUUGUUGGACAGAUGCCUUGCUUUCUCGAAGUUGAUCAUGUUGAUUUCCUAAAACCUGUGGAUGUGGGAGACUUCUUACGUUUGAAGUCAUGCGUUCUGUAUACACAACUGGAGAAUCCACAGGAGCCUCUGAUCAAUAUUGAAGUUGUCGCUCAUGUAACAAGGCCUGAGCUCCGAACCAGUGAGGUAUCAAACACAUUCUACUUCACCUUCACUGUCAAUCCCAAUGCCUUGAAGAAUGGACUAAGAAUUCGCAAUGUUGUUCCAGCUACAGAAGAAGAAGCACGCCGGGUACUUGAGCGCAUUGAUGCUGAGACAAUGUUUAGUUAAUUCAUAAUCUAGCUAUCUUCUUUAGUGAAAGGAAAAAUGGAAGUUCCAGAAGUCGUGAUGCUUAAAUUUGAAUAAUGUAGCAGUAAAUAUGGAACACCAUGUGCUUUGAGAAAUCAAAGAAGGAUUCAUCUUAUCAUUUCAACUAGAUGCUAUACUAUUCUGAUGAGAAAGAUUUAAUGAAGCCAGUCAUUUUAAAUGUUA